AUGAAUAACAUGGAGUUGCGCCGGAAGAACGCUGGCCCACUGUCCGAGUCGAGCCAGGUUACCUCAAACCUGAUGUCCCGCGAAACAUUCUCUCUUGAUGACGAGAUACUCAAGACACCGACUGCCAACAACCAUGGCUUCUUCGAGCUUCCGCGACAGGACCAGCGCAACUUCAUGUUGCUCGUGCUGCUCUACUUCCUUCAGGGUGUUCCCAUGGGCCUGGCGAGUGGAUCUGUGCCAUUCCUCCUGAAAGAACAUCUGUCGUUUGGCGAGAUCGGCGUGUUCAGCCUGGCCUCGUUUCCAUACUCGCUAAAGCUGUUUUGGAGCCCGAUCGUUGAUGCCGUAUGGAGCCCCAAAUUUGGACGGAGAAAGAGCUGGAUCCUGCCCAUCCAGUUGAUGUCUGGGUUUGGAAUGCUGUACCUGGGCUCCAUGAUUGAGGACAUGAUGGCUACGACUGGCAAACCUGGCGGAGUGACCGUCUGGAAUUUCACCUGGUGGUGGUUCUUCUUGGUCUUCAUGUGCGCCACCCAAGAUAUCGCUGUCGACGGCUGGGCCCUGACCCUACUUACCCCUGGGAAUGUCUCAUACGCCUCGACGGCUCAGACUGUCGGUCUCACGGCUGGCCAGUUCCUGUCUUACACCGUCUUCUUGGCUUUCAACUCCGAGGACUUUGCCAACAAGUAUUUCCGCUCUGCUCCAACCGAGGGAGGAUUGAUGAGCCUGGGAGGCUAUUUGACUUUCUGGGGCUGGGCCUAUAUUGCCAUCACGAUGGGUCUAGCCUUACUGAAGAAGGAGGAAAAGACCCGAAACGAGGACGGAAUUUGGGAUGUGUACAAGAUCAUGUGGGAUGUCUUGAAACUCAAGAAUAUCCAGACAAUCAUCAUUGUCCAUCUCAUCUCGAAGAUUGGCUUUCAAGCCAAUGACGGUGUCACAAACUUGAAGUUGCUAGAGAAGGGCUUUGGCAAGGAGAACAUGGCACUGACUGUGCUGAUCGACUUUCCCUUUGAGAUUGGGUUGGGCUAUUACGCCGGCAAGUGGUCCCAGGAAUACACACCAAUGCGUCUCUGGUGCUGGGGCUUUGUGGGGCGUCUCAUCGCUGCCAUCUUCGCGCAGGUUACUGUUGCCAUCUUCCCUGCCAAUGGCGUUCAGCCCUGGUACCUUCUUCUGGUCAUCGGUGAACACGUGUUCUCAACAUUCACCCAAACGAUCAUGUUCGUGGCAGUUUCUGCAUUCCACGCCCAGGUUGCAGACCCUGUGAUCGGCGGCACCUACAUGACUCUGCUUGCCACCGUUUCUAACCUCGGAGGCACGUUCCCCAAGUACUUCGUUCUGCGCCUCGUCGACUCUUUCACGCAGGCAACCUGCCAUCCUCCACCAGAAAAGCUCAGCGGGACAGCACUUCAGGCAUUGAAUGGUCCGCUCGUGACUAGCACAUUUUCCUGCACCGUCCAAGCCGAGAGGGAGCGAUGUGUAAACGGUGGUGGCACGUGUGAGACUCUCCAUGACGGAUACUACAUCGUGAACGUCCUGUGUGUCAUCGUCGGAGUCUUGACCUUCACUUUGUAUAUCCGGAAGAAGGUCCUCGUGCUCCAGAGCCUGCCCAUGAGGGCAUGGAGACUGAGUGGCCCUAAAUGA